AAACAACGCGGCGCGUGUAUCUUUUAACGUAACUCAAAGCGGAAUUCACGUACGUUGGAUAUCUUGCGGAAAUAUCCACAACAAACAUGGCGGACGAUCAAACAGACGCAGAUCAGUCCAUGGAGGGACAAACACCAGUUUCUGAAAACCCUCACGCAGAGUACGGCCUGACGGAAAACAUCCAGAGGACGGUGGAGAACGAGAAGGCGAGUGCAGAGAAGAUCUCGAAGCAGAAGGUGGAUCUGCAGGCGCUGCCGACCCGAGCCUACCUGGACCAGACCGUGGUGCCCAUCCUGCUGCAGGGCCUGUCGGUGCUCGCCAAAGAGAGGCCUCCGAACCCGAUCGAGUACCUCGCGGCUUUCCUGCUGAAGAACAAGUCUCAGUUUGAAGAGAGAAACUGACUCGUCUCAUUUCCUGUUUGUUCAUGAACCGUUGUUUUUUUUAUUUUAUCACAAUAAACAUGUUGAUGUGAAAGGUC